AUGUGCCGCGCAAUAGAACCACUGCUCUUACAGAAGUGCGGGGGACGGGAACCAUUUCUCUUGCGCCCUCCAUAG